CAAAAAUGGUACCUUACCUCAAACUCUGCAGUUUGCAGCCCUUUAAAAAUAGUAACCCAAGCAAAACAUGCAUAUAAUCGUCGAACUAUUGCGAGACUAGUUAUAGUAGUCUCACCAACAAACCUUACCUACCAAUUAUUCUUGUCUUGGUUUGCAAAAACCCAUAAAGAGAGAAGCAUAGAUGAGCAGAAAUGGCUAAUAAUCUCCUGAGAUUAUCUCUGCAAGUGUGGAAUUCGGGCAUGGGGCUGGGCGGCGUUGCUACAACUUUUUAUGGCAUUUUGAUCUUCAGAGCUGCUGGAGCACAAAGUUCGUCUUCUCACCAUAUUACUAUACCAUGGUUUUUUCAUGCGUUUCUUUUUGUGGGUAUUGUGUUGUGCGCAGUAAGCUGCUUAGGCCAUUUCGCUGCAAAGACUGCAAAUACCUGUUGCCUCUCUACUUACGUAGGUAUUAUCCUAGUGCUGCUCACAUUGGAGUUUGUGAUGAUGACAGAUGCAUUCUUCAAUCCUAAGUGGAUAAAGGACUUACUAGUACCAGUAAACCAAUCUGGCAAAUUGGAUGAGUAUGUCUUGAAAUAUCUGGCUUUCAUGGUUUUCCUACUACAGGCUAUCUGCGUCUUAUUGGCAGCUCUAAGCAUUCAUGAUAAUAUAACAGACGAGGAGGUUGAUGGCUAUGAAAGUGAAUACCAAGACCAAGAUGAGCAACCACUUUUGUACUCCGUAGCUCGAUGGCAACACUCGGAGCGUUAUAUCGUCUGAAAAUUACUCCAUACACAUCACAGUCAACAUUGAGAUCGAAAUCAAGUAUAUGUAUGUAUUCAAGAUUAAUGGAGGCCGGGCUGGGGAAACAUUUCUCCACCGACUCA